GGCUCCGGCGUCUAGGCCGGCCCACCCACCCCAGCGCGCAGGGCAGGGCAAGUCGCUCCAUGGCGCUGGCAGAGCUGGCCGCUCGUCUGAACUGUGCGGAGUACAAGAACUGGGUGAAGGCCGGCCACGGCCUGCUGUUGUUGCGGGCGGCCCUGCAGCGCUAUGUCGGGGAGCAAAUCCACGCUUUCCACCGCCAGCUCGUCGCCCGCCACGCCGACCGCCUCGCGCCGUCAGGCCGCGGCUGCACAGGGAGCUGCACCCCUCGAGGCAGGCAGUUUCAGCCUGCCUGCUCCUUAUGUAAAGAAUGGAAGAAGGAGAUUUUGAAUCAUCACACGCACAGGAAUGGGGAGGUUAACUGGGGAAACUGCAGACCUUGGCUGUGGCCUUCUAACUCAUGGGAGUUUGCAAAGGCAUAUAUGCCUCGUGGGAAAUCAGACAUUUCUGGGCCAGACAAGUGUGAUGCAUCAGCACUGUUAAACCUCUUCAAUUUUUGUGAUCACUUCAGCAGUGUUGAUCAGAUAAAAGUCAAAGAGGUGAUUAAGUGCCGCAAUGAACUAAUGCAUUCAUCAGAUAUGAAAGUCUCUUCUUCCUGGCUGAAAACAUUUGGAAAUCAUGUUCAGAAUUUAUUAAAUGAAUUCCAACAUGUUCCAGAGGCUGAGAGGGCUCAAACAACAAUAGAGAAGCUUCUGUCAUCUGACUGGGCUGUUUACAUACCAGGAGAAGAUCAGCUUGAUGGAUUGGAAGGAGAAAUGAGUCAAAGCCAUAUCAGUGAAAUAGAAGCAGAAUUGAUAAAAGAGAGACUUCAUGAGAUCAGCCUAGCAAUGGAAGCACAAGGAACAAUGUCGGAAAAGGAUUUAAGUAAAAUGCAGAUUUUAAGGAACUUCUUGAAGAACAACCAUGAUCUACAAAGAACCUUGAAAGCAGAAAUACAGAAUCUAGAAGAUCUGGUACAACUGUACAGUCAAAAGCAAUCCACAAAAGAUACUCCAGAAGAGAAUUAUGAACAAGAAGAAGGCGAAGGUUGUCCUUUACCAAAAAGGAAGCAUAUGGUAUGAAGAACCUAUCAUUCUGCUCAACUAAGGAAGGUGCAUUCUGCCAAUGGAACUGAGGCAGGACAUGCUACCAUCAACUGAGCAGUAGAACCCCGUUGUCUAAUGGAGUAUAGGAAAGAACAAUUACAAAUGGAUUGCUCCAUUCUGCUGGGAUUUUCACAGAUGGUCCUCAUGCGUGUUAAUUGGUAGAAACACAGUGUCAAACAGUGCACAGAAAUGAAGCGUGUGCAAUUUUCUCAGUGUGCAAAGAGCAGUGCUAAACUUUUCAGAGUAUCCAUUGGACAGUAGCAGGGUGUCUUGAAUGUUUUUGAGAGCCAAUUUAAGAACAUAAGAACAAGCCUGCUGGAUCAGACCCGAGUCCAUCUAGAAGAAGAAGAAGUGUUUGGAUUUAUAUCCCCCCCUUUCUCUCCUGUAGGAGACUCAAAGGGGCUUACAAUCUCC